AACAAUUUGUGAGCUAAGUUUCUGCUUUAUUUGUCAUCAAUGUGAGUACCUCUACAUAGUUCUUUGUUAAGGAUGUGCAGUCGCAUUGGAACACAGAACAAGAAGCUCUUCAUCUUACAAUCAAUUAGUAAUGACAAUGCCAGUGCUAAAGUACAACAGUGUCAACAAUGAACACAGUUACAGUGUGAUGUAGCAGAAGACAAGAUUUGGAGCAAUCCUUAUGCAGCAAGGACAAGCAGUUGCAUUUAUAUCCAAAACAUUAAUGUAAGCUGAAUUCACUCCACAUAUACUGAGAGAGACUUCACUUCAUAAAAACUGAUAAAAUAUUACCAAAGCUGAGCACUGGACAGCCAGUUAGAAUGCAAACAUGCAAUUUUCUCAAGAAAAGUUAACCCAAAUGGCAACUUAGGACCUCUGUGAGCACCUGUCAUCUCAAGCAUACCUGGUGAAUUUGAAUGACCAGCUAUAUCACUGCAACUUGUAGACAUAUAUGUAUAACUGAUGAAGUUUCUCCUUUACUGUAGACAGCCGAUGAGAAAGACAGAUGUCAUCAACUGCACAGAAUAUAGAAUGACCAUCUGCCCCAGCGGUCCACUGUUCUCCAGCAAGGCAACGGAUAAGCACCAACAAUUACCAGGUCAACUCAGUCAUCAGAAUGACACUCCCUACAGAUGGAACAUAAAUCCAGGAAUGGCCAGAUUCCACACAAACAGCCAAAAACAAUGUGCACACAUAACAUCAGAAGAUCUGCAUGAUUGCGUGUGCAAUGCCUGUGCAGAUACUAAUAAGAGUGGAUUAGACGAGAAUUAACAAACGUUUUCAAUAGUUAUUCCCAAUAUGUAGGAUAACUUACAACUGCAAAUGAUUGCAUUUUCUAACGAAAAUAGGGAUGUUUGAAGAAAUGCACUUCUGCACUGGUACACUUGCGGCUUAUCAUAGACAUGUGACCUAUGCUGUAGGUUACUUUCACUUUCGAAGUAGAGCCAUUAAAGUAUAUUGCAUGAAACACCCUUCCAGUUUUUGGGUACAACUUAAUGAGAAACUUUUUGUAAGUACAACCAUGUCACGUGGGCUUUCCAAAGUGCACUCAGAUUACCACUUCCUUCAAUAAAGCUGGUAGGUGACCCCUCGUAAAUCGAUGUCGAGUAAUUCCUUUGCUUGGUUUAUACAGAAUGGCAGCCAAUCGAAGAACAUUUACAGAUGUACAGGGAACUGUUCUCUCUGCUCAUAAGGAAUCCACGACUGAAGAUAAAAUGUCAUUUUAUGAUAGUUGGUCUGAACUCUAUGAACAGGAUGUGAUGAUUCUGGAUUAUCGUGCUCCAGUUCUGGCUGCAGAAAGUCUGGCAGCAGUAAUUCAUGAAAAUCGUGACAAAGUUUUGGUCCUGGAUGUUGCCUGUGGAACUGGACUAGUUGCUAAACAGCUGCAAAGAUUUGGUUUUCAUAACUUUCAUGGAGUGGAUGGCAGUGAAGGAAUGUUGGAAUUGGCACGGUGCAAAUCGAUAUACCAAACACUUCAGAAAUGUAUGCUGGACUCUGAGUUGCUUCCAGCAUCUUCAGACAGUUAUGAUGCUGUUGUGAUUGUUGGGGCAUUAAGUGGAGGGCAGGUGCCACCUGCCAUCCUUCCUGAACUCCAUCGUGUUACCAAAACGGGGGGCUUUGUGUGCAUGACAACCCGAAACAAUACCUCAAACCGACUCUACAAAAAACAACUACAGGCUGUAAUAGAGGAAAUGGAACAGAACAGAUUGUGGGAAAGAGUUACAGUGCAAGAAAUAGAACAUUGGGAAAAAGCAACAACUGAAGCUGAACAAGGUUCUACAUACAUCUCUGGGAUUAUCUAUUUAUACCGAAAAUUAAGGAGUUAUGAUUAAAAUUCCACGUGAGAAUAAUGAAACUAAAUCUUCAUUGAGGUUCUGUUGCUUCAGCAUGGAUCUUAAUUCAUACUGACCAGUCCGAUGUUUGUAUAAAAUACAGGAUUGUUGCUAACAAAAAUUGUUCUACAAUAAAAUUGUAUUCAUAGGCU